AUGGAGAGAAAUGGUGGUGCUGCUGCAACGGCCACGCCCUCAUGGGAGGAGCUCCUCGGAUCCAACAAUUGGUCCGGCCUCCUGUCCCCGCUCGACGAAGCCCUCCGCGAUCACCUCCUCCGGUGUGGCAGCUUCUGCCAGAUCGCCGGAGACUCCUUCAUUUCCGAUAGUCAGUCCAAUAACGUCGGCAAGUGCCGCUACUCUCCUGCCAGCAUCCUCCGCCAACUUUUCUUCAAGGAAACCGCGGAUUACGUAGUCGACGUACUGUCCAACGUCGACGGCUACCUCUACACCACCAUAGUCCUAGAGACCAACUGGAUGGGCUACGUCGCCGUCUCCAGCGACGACCUCUACGAAAGAACUGGCCGCCGUGAGAUCUACGUCGCGUGGCGCGGUACGAGCCGGCCGCUGGAAUGGUUGGUGGACUUGGACAUUUCUCUCGUGCCAUUCGGCGGCGAGGGCGAUGUUAAGAUCAUGAAAGGCUGGAGAGACAUCUACACCACGAAAAAUAUAAUCGAACAGAUUCCCAGCGCACAGGAGAAGUUAAAAGCUGUGAUAAAAGAGUACGUGGAUUUGUACAAAGAUCAGAAUCCGUCCAUCAUCUGCGUCGGUCACAGCCUCGGCGGCUCCCUCGCCAUAGUCAGCGCUUUUGAUAUAGCGAACAGCGGACUGUCCGAGAUCAACGGCAAUGAUCAUAUUCAGGUAUGCGCUGUGGCGUUCGAUGCCCCCAGAGUCGGGAACCAGGCGUUCAAUGACGCCUUGGAGAAACUACCGAAGACAAAAGUUUUAAGAAUCAACAAUAUUAAGGACAUUGUCGCCUAUUGGCCGCCGUGUGAUGGCUACGUCGACACCGGUAAAAUUUUGCACAUUAAUUCUGAGGAAUCAACGUUCUUGAAGAGUAAGGGAGACUACGAAGGAGAUCAACUGCUUGCGAAAAUAGCUCAGUGGCACGCGCUGCAAGUGAUUCUACACACCGUGACCGGCUGGAGCACAGAAUUCGACAACGACUCCAAGCUUGUGAAGGCGAGACUGCCGCUGGUGAACAGGUCAGCGGGGCAUUUGAAGGCUGAGCAGAGAGUGCUCGAGGGGUGGUGGGUAGAGAAAAACAAAGGGAUGGCAUACGAUAAGGAAAAGGACAUAUGGUACGAGAGACCGGUGCAGUGGAACGAAUAG